AUAAAUUAAUUUUUUUAUGAAUAAUAAAAAUAACACAAAAAUUUAAAAUUUAUAAUUAUAAUUAUAUUUAUAAUUAUAUUUAAAAAUAUAUCAUAAAAUUUGUACUCAUAAAAUUUCAUAUGACUUUACAAAAAUUCAAAAAUUAAUAAUAAAGAACAAUAAUAAUUCAUAUUUAUAAUUAUAUUUAAAAAUAUAUCAUAAAAUUUGUAUUCAUAAAAUUUCAUAAGAUUUUACAAAAAUUUAAAAAUUAAUAAUAAAGAACAAUAAUAAUUCAUAUUUAUAAUUAUAUUUAAAAAAAUAUAUCAUAACUUUUGUACUCAUAAAAUUUCAUAAGACUUUACAAAAAUUCAAAAAUUAAUAAUAAAGAACAAUAAUAAUUCAUAUUUAUCAUUAUAUUUACAAAAAAAAUAUCAUAAAAUUUGUACUCAUAAAAUUUCAUAAGACUUUACAAAAAUUUAAAUAUUUAAUACUUCAUUUGUCGUCGAAAUUGUAGAUGGCGACAAUCGAUAAGUCUUGGACCAAAAUCAGAAAUCGUGGUUGCCAUGAAUUUUGGAAUGGUCUACAAGCCUUUUUAGCAAUGGCAUCAGAACAUAAGGAUUGUGAUGGACGAAUACGAUGUCCUUGUGUGAGAUGUAUAAAUAGUAGGUUUGAAAAAAUAGAUAGGGUUAGAGCACACGUAUUUGAUCGAGGUUUUAUGCAAGGAUAUGAUAAGUGGAUUUAUCACGGGGAGCCUGAGGAUGCCGUCGUUGAUGUAGCAGUUGCCGAUGUUGAAUCAGAGGAUGAAAUGAUUCCUAUUUUAGAAGACUUCUUUCCCUCGACAACUGAGGAACCACAAGGAGAAGAUGAACAACCAACCACAAACCCACAAUUUGAUGACUUAUUUGAGGAAAUUGAAGCUGAAUUGUAUCCCGGUUGUGAUUGGAUUUCAUCUCUUAACUUUUUAGCAAAGCUAUUGCAUUUAAAAGUUAGGGGAAAAAUUCCUAAUAACAUCUUUGAAGAAUUAUUGAAGCUUUUAAAGUUUGCGUUUCCGAAGGAAAAUAAUAUUCCAUCAACUUACUACGAGGCAAAAAAGAGAUUGAAGAAAUUAGGCUUGGGUUAUGAUAAUAUCGAUGUCUGUUUGUAUAAUUGCUGCUUAUUUUAUAAGGAGAAUGCAUCCAAGGAGGCUUGUCCAGUUUGCGGAACUAGUCGUUGGGUUACUUCCGAAAACGGGAAAAGAAAAAAAGUUCCUUGCAAAGUCAUGCGAUACUUUCCGUUGACACCUCGACUUAAAAGAUUAUAUAGUUCGAGGAUUACAGCGAAAAGCAUGAUAUGGCAUCAUACUGGAAAAUCAAAAGAUGAUGGGGUGUUGCGACACCCGGUCGAUGGUUUAGCUUGGAAAGACUUUGAUGCAAAACAUCCCGAGUUUGCAAGGGACCCAAGAAAUGUUCGACUUGGGUUAGCUGCUGAUGGAUUUAAUCCAUUUGGCAACAUGAGUCUUGCAUACAGCAUGUGGCCAGUGGUGUUGGCUAACUAUAAUCUACCACCUUGGUUAUGUAUGAAAGAUAAUUAUUUUUUGCUCUCUACCCUAAUUCCUGGUGCAAAAUCUCCAGGUAAAGACAUGGAUAUAUUUUUAAGACCUUUGGUGGAUGAAUUAAAGGAGUGUGGAAUAAUGGGGUAGCAACGAGAGAUAGUUCGACCAACUCGAUGUUCACCAUGCGUGCUGCGCUUUUGUGGACAGUGAAUGAUUUUCCUGCUCGUAGUAGCUUGUCUGGGUGGAGUGGUCAAGGUUAUAAAGCUUGCCCUACUUGUAAUGAAGACACGACGUCCAUUCGAGUGAUCGGGAAGACAUCAUAUGUUGGUCAUCGAAGGUUCUUGCCAAGUAACCAUGCAAUGAGAAGGGAUACUCGAUUUGAUGGUAAAGCUGAAAGAAGACCUCCUCCAAGACGAUUUACUUGUGAAGAAAUAUUAUCACAAGUUAAUGCUCUCGAACCCCAAAUUCCCGGAUAUCAUCAAAAUUUUGGGGGCGUGAAACGUAGAAGAGUUGCAGAAAAUUGUAAUUGGAGGAAAAAAAGUAUUUUCUACGAGUUGGAGUAUUGGAGCACGAAUAUUUUAAAACACAACAUUGAUGUCAUGCAUGUUGAGAAGAAUGUGUGUGAUAGUCUCCUAGGAACCAUCUUGGAUAAUGAUAAAUCAAAGGACACAACCAAUGCGCGCCAUGAUUUAAAGAAGAUGGGUAUUAGGGAAUCGUUGUGGAUUUAUGAAGAUGGGAAUGGGAGGCUAAUGAAACCGCAUGCUCCUUAUGUUUUGACUCGUGAGAAAAGACAACUUUUUUGUCAGUUUGUUAAAGGAAUAAAGUUUCCCGAUGGCUUCUGUUCAAAUUUAAAGAGCAAAGUUUCUCCAGAUGAGUCUAACAUUAUUGGGUUAAAAUCCCACGAUUGUCAUGUCAUUAUGCAGCGAGUACUAGCGGUUGGUGUCCGUAAAUUUCUACCUCAUGACACUGCAACAACUAUUACUCAGCUGUGUAAUUUUUUUCGACAGUUAUGCUCUAGAACUCUAAAUGUAAAAGAUAUGGAGGAUGCUCAAAAUAAUUUAAUUCUGUUAUUGUGCAAGAUGGAAUUGAUUUUUCCUCCAGCUUUUUUUGACAUAAUGAUACACUUGGUAUUGCAUUUGCCUGAAGAAGCGAUAUUGGGUGGCCCGGUCUUUAUGAGAUGGAUGUAUCCUUUUGAAAGGUACAUGAAAAAAUUGAAGAAUUAUGUGGGAAAUAAGGCACGUCCUGAAGGGUCAAUUGCAGAAGGUUAUGUUGCUGAUGAGGCAGUAACCUUUUGUUCAAUGUACUUUAAAGGGUGUGAAACAAGAUUUAAUCGGCUUGAUCGAAAUGAAGAUGCGCCUUCUGUUUGUCGCUAUCUCUCAGUUUUUAAUUCUCAAUCUCGUCCUUUAACUAGCGGACUUAUCAAGCCUCUUGAUCAUACCAGUCGUGAAAAAGCUGAGUGGUACAUUCUUCAAAAUUCUCCUGAAAUCCAAGCUUACUUAGAAUAAGUUUGUUACAUUUUUAUAAAUUAUUUUAUUAAAUUUUUAGUUUUUAUUUUCUAUCUCCCUCUAUCGUAUCUUGACAUUAUCAUACUUCACAGUGAACAUUUGGACAAGAUCAGGCAUGAAUAUCCUAAUGGUAAUCACGAUGCCUUGCAUAGGCAAACUUUCCGUCCGUGGUUUCACAAGAAGGUAUAACGACAAAAUUGUUAAGUUUUAAUUCAAUCAUUUAUAUUCCUCUCAUAUUAAUACAUUUUAUGUAUUUAGAUAUAUGAGCUGCACAAGCUUGGAACUUUACAAAAUGGUGAUGAGUUACUCGCUCUCACUUCCGGGUCCGAUUACUUAGCCACAUUUUACGAAGGUUGUGUAGUGAAUGGUGUUCGGUUUAUUGCAUCAAAGCGAGACCAAAAGCGGAAGACACAAAAUAGUGGUGUUACUGUUGCUGGAACAGAAGGGUUUAAUUAUUACGGCACACUUGAAGAUGUAAUCACUAUAUCUUAUACUGGUGCAUAUACAGUGUCAUUGUUUGAAUGUAAAUGGUAUAACACUAAUCCAUUAAGAAAGAAGACAAUCACUGAAAAUAAUAUAACUAGUAUAAAUACUCGUGGACAUUGGUAUCAAGAUGAACCGUACAUCCUUGCUAACCAGGCGAAGCAAGUUUUCUAUCUUGAAGAUCCACUCAGAGGUCGCGAUUGGAAGGUUGUUGAAGAUAUUAGCCAUCGACAAAUUUGGGACAUUACUGACAACGAAGAUGAGACUGAUGUAGAUGUUGUUAGUGAUUCUAACUCUGCCAAUUUUGUGUUGACGGUUGAUCUUGGAGAGUUGAUUAUGCAAUCGAAUGAACCUCCAGUAAUUGUUGAAUCGUCCGAUCAGUUAGUGGAUUCUGAGAUAGAGAAUAAUGAACUGGAUGAGAAUUAUGUUGCUGAAGAAGUAGAUGAUUUACUAGUUGAACAUGUAGACGAUGAAAAUGUAAACUUAGUGAAUGAUGGAAAUGAUAGUGAUUCUUCAGUGUAACUUUUAUUUUGUAAACAUUUGUUACUAAAAUUUUUUACAAUUAAAGGAAUAUUUAAUUUCUUUCGUAUUAACAUUUUAAAUACUUAUAUUUCAAUUAUGUGUUUCACAUUUGUGAAUUCUUACAUUUUUUUCCGUCUUCAAAGUAAAGUAAAAUGUCAGCUACGUUAGCGACAUACCACGGUGGGGAUGGUGAUGGCAGGGAUCCCCCUGAUCCUUCUAGGGUACCGUCGUCUUGCGAAGCAGGUUUUCAUAUUUUUUCAAAUCUACAAUUGUUCUGAAUAUAAAUAGUGAAUGUAUGAUUUACUAAUAAAAUUAUUUUUCCCUCGAAUAUAUAUAGUUCCACCUCCGGUCAGAAAGGGUCGUGGGGUUGCCGCAAACGCUAAUCUCGAAAAAAAAAAAAAGGAGAGAUGCUGGUAAGCCCUUACCGGUGGAGGUAGAUCUUGAAACAGGCAAAGUUGUCGGCACUGAAGCAAGCAAUUAUGUUCGAUUUCUUGGCCAACAAGUAAGCAUGUUGUGCCCGGGUGGUCAUCUAAAUUUUUCUGAUGUACCCCAACAAUACAAGGAUCAAGUGCUCAAUCGAAUUAGAUACUACUUUGAUAUCGAUGGGAAUCCCCAUCGAGACCUACUUAUGGGGACUUUAUAUUCGGUGAUGGCGGAGCGGUAUAGUGAGCGAAAGACACUCAGACACAAGCAUUUCAAACAACAUUACAAAAAACCAGAAGAUUGGGACACAGUUCUCAAAUUCCCCCCUGACUACUUGAAUACCGAGACUUGGAAACCGGUUUGCGAAUUGUUCGUUAGCGAGGCAUUUUUGAAUCGUUCAACUAAAAAUAAAUCGAAUCGGCAACUAAUGAAAUAUCCAACAACGCAAGGCACAAAAUCGUUGGCGUCCAUUCGCCACGGAAUGGUAUGUAUUAAUUCUUUAAUUGUUAAAUGUUUCAUAAAAAAAAAUUCUUUAAUAGUUAAUAAUAUUUUUUUCUUAUAAUAAACUAAUUUAAUUGUUUAUAUUUGUAUAGG